AUGUGAUGGAUGCUCACUGUAGGAUUAUGGAGAGGUGCUGAAGUGUUUUGUUGUGAAGACUUCCACACUGUCCCAGCACUUUUCUAAUACAACCUCCUCAACAUGAAGACUCUCCUCGCCGCGCUGGUCCUGUUCACCGCUGUGCUACACACUGUGUUGUCUUGUCCGAUGUGUGAAGGUGAGGGGUUGAAGUGUUACACCUGUGUAGCUACUAACCCGGACGAGUGUCACCGGCAGGGCUCGUCUGUGUGUCCUGCUCAUGCAGAUGCCUGCUCUACCAUCACAGGAUCCAACUCUGUGAUGAAGUCAUGUGCUUACAAGUCUUUCUGUGACAAGUCUCACAUGAGCAAUGGUGAGAUGAAGCUGGAAUGCUGCUUCAAUGAUGACUGUAACGGCCCUUACCAGUCCCACAGCCAUGGGGAUCUCCACGACGCCACCAUGAGCCUGAGCUCCAGCCCUGUCCUGCUGCUGGGGGUCCUGCUACUUAGACUGGCUCUCAUUUCCCUGUAAACCUGAACACAGAGACCUUUAGUAUACACAUGUAAAAUAAAUAAAUGAAGAAUAAACGAUGGAGUAAAGGCGUUAAUGUAACUGAUAGAUGAGCUUUUGUCUGUUGGGCCGCAGCAUAAUCUGUGUGUGUGUUCUUGUGGUUACACUAUGGAACGCCAAACGGGUCACAUUUCGCCAUUAACCAGACGCCUGGUGUGCAGAAAACACAUAUAUUUUUUAAAUAUUUUAGUUGUAAAAUAUCUGUAAUAUCAAAAACGCUGUCAGUUGCGGCGUUCAUUAUCCCUUAAACGGCGUAAUUUACGGCGCUUUUACAUUACAGAAAACGCUGUCAAUUGCGGCGUUUUAAACAUCCAUAAACGCCGUCCAUUGCGCCGCUCUUUACCACCCAAAACGCUGUCAAUUGCGGCGUUUUAAACAUUAGAGACACCGUCUUUGUCAAACGGAGCGCCGUAAAUUACGACGUAUUAUGGAUGGCCAAAUGGCAAAAUUAACGGCGUUUUGGAUUGCAUCAAUAAACGCCGACAUUAAUGGUGGUUCUGCUGUGAAAAUGCCGUAAUUUACGCCGUCUGUACUACAAAACGCCGUCUAAAAAUCG